UAGUUCCUAAAGCUUAACAUUACACAUAAAGAGCACUGACGGUGGGACAACUGCCAAGGUCAUUUGAUAUUUUGAUGUAUGCAGCAUGAGCUCCCUCUUGUCAGUGAAGCACAAAACUCCCACUAAUUAAGAUCCAUCAUGACGGCAGGGUCUACUCAUACCAACAGCUGUAUUUCAGAAUUCUCUAAUUCUCUCAUUGAACUUCACUACAACCACACAGGAAGACUCGUUGACAGAGAAAGUGGAAUAGACAACAUAAAUGCAAUUACAGUAACUUUGCUGAUUUUUUGCAAUGUUAUAGUCUUAGAAAACCUGAUGGUGUUAAUUGCUUUAUGGAAAAAUAACAGGUUCCAUAACCAAAUGUACCCUUUCAUUGGCAACCUAGCACUUUGUGACCUGUUGGCAGGGAUCACCUAUCAAGUUAACAUUCUUAUGUCAGGGAAAAUGACACUAACUAUGUCAGUCACUGCAUGGUUUAUAAAAGAAGGAAGCAUGUUUGUGGUCCUCUGGGCAUCUACUCUAAGUUUGCUAGCUAUUGCUAUGGAAAGGCAUCUGACCAUGAUCAAAAUUAGCUUGUAUGAUGCAAACAAGAAAUACCGAGUUUUUCUCCUGAUUGGAACAUGCUGGCUUAUCUCUUUUACUCUUGGUGCCCUGCCAAUCCUUGGAUGGAACUGCAUUGGAAAUCUUCCUGACUGCUCCACACUUUUACCUCUGUAUUCCAAAAAGUAUAUUGCAGUACUUGUUAGUAUAUUUAUGGCACUCUUAGCUGCCAUUGUCAUACUUUACGCUCACAUUUACAUACUGGUAAAAUCCAUCAGCCAAAAGGUAAUUAAUCAUAACUCAGAACGAUCAAUGGCUCUUUUACGAACAGUUAUAAUUGUUGUCAGUGUAUUCAUUGCUUGCUGGUCCCCACUGUUUAUCAUUUUCCUUGCAGAUGUGACAUGCCAACCCAAGCAGUGUGAAAUUUUAUACAAAGCACAGUGGUUCAUUGUUGUAGCCGUUCUUAACUCUGCUCUGAAUCCCCUCAUUUAUACAUUAGUUAAUAAAGAAAUCCGCCACGCAUUCUUCCAAACUGUCUGCAUCUGCCUCAUUAAGAAAUGAGGGCAGUCUGUACCCAUGUAACCUAACAUAGUCUUAACAGAAGUAAACAUAACAGCAACAGUUCACACAGAGGCUGUUGAUAACUGCAAGGCAAAUAUGGAAUGGAUAAUUUAGCAUCUGUAUGGACUGGUGUGAUAUAAAAUACUGCAUUUGUGCUGCUCUUUUGUUUCAGUAUCAGCAUCCUCAGAAAUAAUUUGUUUAAUCGGCAAGUUACUUGUUAGCUGUCGCAAUUAGUACUCUGUGUUAUUACCCAAGGUCAUGCAUUCUGUCAGUUUUUGAGGGCAAUCAUGAUUUUGAGAAUAAAAGUUAUAGAACUAUUGCAGUAGCACAGCCUGACAAGUAAAAAUUUAAGCUGUGCAUGCAUGUAUUUCUCAUAGCAUCUCACACUGCAACAGGGCUGUAAGUGAACAAACCACUGUU